AAAGAUAAAUGGUGGAAGAUUCGGAGGAAUUGGCUUCACAUUGUGGGUAUCUCUGGGUUCCUCAGGUUUAAAUCUGAGGUUGAUUAUCUUGUUUUUUUGGUAAUUGUGAAGAAGAAGAAGAAGAGGUGGAGGCAAUGAGCGCUUCAAGGUUCAUAAAGUGUGUCACCGUUGGUGAUGGAGCUGUUGGUAAAACCUGUUUGCUGAUUUCUUAUACCAGCAACACUUUUCCCACGGAUUAUGUACCCACUGUUUUCGAUAACUUUAGUGCAAAUGUGGUUGUUAAUGGAGCCACCGUGAAUCUUGGAUUGUGGGAUACUGCAGGGCAAGAGGACUAUAACAGAUUAAGACCUUUGAGUUACCGCGGUGCCGAUGUUUUCAUUCUUGCCUUCUCUCUCAUUAGUAAGGCUAGUUAUGAGAAUGUUUCCAAGAAGUGGAUCCCAGAGUUGAAGCACUAUGCUCCUGGUGUCCCAAUUGUCCUCGUUGGAACCAAACUUGAUCUUCGGGAUGACAAACAGUUCUUCAUCGACCAUCCUGGUGCUGUCCCUAUUACCACUGCUCAGGGAGAGGAGCUUAAGAAGCUAAUUGGAGCGCCUGCUUACAUCGAGUGCAGUUCAAAAUCACAAGAGAACGUGAAGGGCGUGUUUGAUGCAGCGAUCAGAGUGGUCCUUCAACCUCCAAAGCAGAAGAAAAAGAAGAACAAAGCACAAAAGGCCUGCUCCAUUUUGUAAUAGCUCUCAUGGAAGUCGAGAAGCUCUCUGAGAUGUCGAUGACAGGGUGGUUUAAAAAAGUAUUGGAUUUUCAUUUUUCUUGUUGUUUUCCGUAUUCAUUGUGAUCUCUUAGUAUCUUAAAAAACGAAUUGUGGGGUU